UAUUAAAUGGCCAUUUUUCAUAUACCAUUACUCUUGGCUCUUCCCCUUAUUGCCUUUGCUGUCUAAUCCAAAAUUGAAGGCAAGGUCUUAUAAUGUAAAAUCUUCACCACCAAUUAUUAUUAAAGAAUUACAAAGAGAAUUUGUCUAAGAUGAUUCCAUACUCAAAGUUACACUCAAUUAUGGAUAAUAUGAAACCUUCACCUAAAAGAACGGAAUCUUUGCAUUGUAUAAUACUCUAACUUUAUCCUAGUUACAAUAUUCCCAAUGGAAGAUACUUCUUAGAAGUUCACUCUAGAUAUUUUGUUUAUGAAUCCGCAUUUAUUGAUGUAUAUACCAGCAAUAAAGGUACAAAUGUUGCAGUUUCAAAAAUUCAUCCAAUCUUAAGAUAAAGACCUAAAUAGCAAUAGUAAAGCAAACAAUAAAGAAUUCAAACAAGGGAUUAGAUGUUAUUUGAGAUUAUUUAAAGAAAAGAUUAUUUUGAAGUAAAAUAAAAAUUAAUAUAUUCCAAUAGAAAGAGGAAGAGUUAAGUUUAUCAUCAAUUUAUCAAAAUUAGUAUUUUUUUAUGAUUGCAAUUACAGUUGUUAUGUUAUUUUUUGUAAAAAAAAUGCCAAUGGGUAAUUUUUGAUUAAUUAUAAAAACUAGAGGAAUUAUAAUCAGCAGAAAGGGCACCAUAAUAAUAGUGAUGAUAAAUGUUGUAUAUAUAUAUAUAUAGAUAAGAAAUAG